ACAUCCAUAUAGUUUCAAGCCUAUGGGGCACAGAAGCGCUAGUAAUAUCUUGGUGCUGGGACCUUACCACCUCUCUGCAGUCAACGGACUCCUUUCUCCGCAUACGUUUUUACUGAAAUGUGUGUGUGUGUGAAAGAGAGAGGAAGAAAUAGUGUGCGUGCGUGUGAGGGUGCAUGUGUGGAACAAGUAAAGACAGAGGAAUUGUUCCACGCUAUCGAAAUAUUUCAACACAUUGCUUUUGCAGCAGGACUGAAGCCAAUGAGAGCGAAUUCAUUUUAAAAGGGAUGCGGAUAUUAUAAACAACAUCAAGAAAAGAACGCAACAGUCAAUUAAAACGUAGUGACUCACCCUUGUUUGUUCAAUUCGAAAAUUUUCGCAAGACAACGCAUAGAAAAGUGUUCUCGGAAGAAAAUCUUUAUCUCAUCACAACUGAAGAUUAAUGGAGUGCGUAUUGUCAUUUCUCAUUGCAGAUACUCUGUUGGAACUUAGCGAACGACAGUAAAGAAAAUUCACACCGCCCAGUCGAAAAUAAGUGGAUGCUUAUUUCUGCAGUGGUGACAGUAGAUUUCUCAAGACUCAACAAGUUUUGCUCUUCAAGAAGGCUGCAUAGACUGACUAUAGUAUUCAACUAAAUAAAUCCAUAUAUUUGGUACCUGCCUGGACUUGGAUGAGCUUCCUGAUGAGAGAUCCAGUCAUACAAGGAACGAGUAUGGCAUACCAUCCGUUUUUACCUCACCGGGGUCCGGAAUUUGCCAUGAGUGCAAUGUUGGGUCACCAGCCUCCCUUUUUUCCGGCUCUGGCGCUACCUCACAACGGCUCCCUCUCUCUCCCGGGCGCCCUGGGAAAGCCUAUCAUGGACCAGCUGAUGGGCGCCGCCGAGUCCGGCCUCCACUUCUCAUCGCUUGGGCACCAGGCAGCCGCAGCCCAUCUGAGGCCUCUGAAGACCCUGGAGCCUGAAGAAGAGGUCGAAGACGACCCGAAAGUUCACCUGGAAGCGAAGGAACUUUGGGAAACUUUCCACAAGCGAGGCACUGAAAUGGUUAUCACGAAAUCCGGAAGGUAAGAUCAACUUUUAUGUAUUAUAAUAUGACAUAUUUAUGUUCUGUAGCUGAAUAACAUUAGUCUGCAUUUUGUUAUUAUGAAGAUCAUUCUGAUCAUCAAUACGAUGGCAUUCCAAUAGAAGGAAUGAAUUUAUUGAUGUGUGCUUGGAACUGGACCUCCGGGAAUCGUGGUCAACAUUUUAAUUUCAAACUGGUUCAUUUCUCAUGGUUAUAUUUGUGUAAAUCAGCUGAAUAUGACUAUAGCCUAACUGUCCUAUCGACAGAAUCUGUAUGGUCACAGACACAUUGCAUGGGAAUGUAAUCUCAACACGAGAUAAAAUAAAGCCCAACCCAAACUAUAAAAUAUACAACACAUAAGGCUGUAACAUUUUAACUUGGAACAUCUUAUGACACGUGGUGAAUAUGAAAACAUGAAACAGUGAGCGAUUCUAAAAUGUAGGCCUACGCUACUACAAAAAAAUAUCUGUAGUUUGAAGAUGUAAAGUUCGGACAAAAUACUAGGCUAUAAAACUGAAACAUGUAGGCCUAUAUGUUAUGAUAGAACGUGUAUCUAACAAAUGUUAUUAACAAAACAAACGAUUACCUGCCGUAAAAAUACAGUUACACAAUGCGUGCUGUACAUGUUAUGCCAUUUUUUAUUUUUUAUAGGCGGCAGAUAAUUGUAUGGCAUAGGUGUAGGAAGGCCUACCUCUGUUUGAUAGAAUAAGUUCUGCAUACAUUCAAUCUUAUGGCUGACGCAUAUACGUAUGCUAUAGGCCUAAAAAUAAAUGUAGCCUAAUAUUUGCAAUAAUUUUGUAUUAACAGUAUGUAACAUUGUCAUUAUCCUAGAUAGUAUAAUAGCAAUGCAAAUAUGGCUGCUCCAUAUAUGUAUAGGCUAUCAAUAUUCUGUCACAGUGUCAAGUAGGCUAGUUUACUGUUUUUAAGUGAUUUUCUUAUUCCAUUUCACAGGCGAAUGUUCCCUCCGUUCAAAGUGAGAUGCACUGGCUUGGACAAGAAAGCAAAGUACAUUCUGUUGAUGGAUAUUGUUGCAGCGGAUGACUGCAGGUAUAAAUUUCACAACUCACGUUGGAUGGUGGCAGGGAAGGCCGACCCCGAAAUGCCAAAGAGGAUGUACAUUCACCCGGACAGUCCGGCUACUGGCGAGCAGUGGAUGUCAAAAGUCGUAAACUUUCACAAACUCAAGCUGACGAAUAACAUCUCCGACAAGCAUGGAUUUGUAAGUUCAUCUAAUGUAUGUUUUUUUCUUAUUUGCAUGCUUAUAAACAUUUCUGCCAUGUAUUAUUGUUAUCAUGAUUGUUAUUCGUAGGCUAUUAUCAGACGUAUUAUUAUUAUUAGCCAAAUAAUUAUAACCCCAUUGACGUUGCUUCUCUGUGGCCAUGUCUGGCCGAGGGCUGAGAAGGCUUCACCAAAAUAUACAGGCCUCAUUUCAAUUGAAUAGGUUUGUGUCCAACAUGAGGUCUUAAUAUUUUCACUGCAACAUGUUUUCCCAACUUUUAUAUCAUGUCAAGCUAUGUGGUAAUUCUACUGCUUAUAUUAUUAUUAUUAUUAUUAUUAUUAUUAUUAUUUUUAUUUAUUUAUUUUUAAUUUUUUUUGGGGGGGUGGGUAAAUGCACUGUUGGUGAGAGAAAUUGAGGAGAAUGUUCUAAUACAUUCCAUUUUACCAAGUAGGCCUGAACUACGAUUGAGGACUACAUCAAAUGACUUAUCUUCAUCAAAAGGCAGAAAUCAGUGUGUGCUUAUCUUUUUUAAAUCUAGAAUUCUUUACUGUUCCAGACCAUCCUGAACUCCAUGCACAAAUAUCAGCCCAGAUUUCACAUCGUGAGAGCCAACGACAUUCUCAAACUCCCCUAUAGCACGUUCAGGACUUACGUUUUUCCUGAAACGGAUUUCAUUGCAGUAACGGCGUAUCAAAAUGACAAGGUAGGGAGAAUUACACUUUAUUCGUUUAUUUUCAUGAAAUACAUUAAAUAGUUGGAUACUUAUUUUGCAUACUUUUUUGUCAAAUAGUUUAUAUAGCCAAUAGCACUGCGCCAUUUGCCAUCAUAAAAUAUGAAAUAUGUCAUAUUUGUUUAGUCUUGUUUGAGUGUUGGGCCUACAAACUAUCGUGUUCGAUACAUGUAAACGUCAUCUCAUGCCAUGUUUCAUACUAAGCAAACUAGGCUAGAAUGGGUCAGAAUUCUCAGGAAUGUAUGUUAUACAGGUUAUCUUAAUUCUAUUUAAUCACAUGGAAAUAAGUUGGCAACGAUCCAGACUGUGUGUGUGUGUGUGUGCACGUGCGCGCACGCGUGGGUGCGUGCGAGAGAGAGACAGAGAGAGAAAGAGAGAGAGUAAAGAAGCAAGGAGGGAGGGAGGGAGAGUGUGAGAAAGAGAAAGAGAGGGGGAACAGAAUGUGCAGUUAGUCAGAGAAAAUGAGCAUUUUGUUUAUAACCGGCUGGGCUGGUGGUAACAUUUAAUUCCACAUGUGACACACCGCUAUUCAAAAUCAUAUCUGACGGUGGCUCUUUGAUAAAAGGGAGAAAUGUUAGCUAAGUGUUACCUCUGGACACUUGGGUCAAGCAAAAAUGCAGUAAAUGUUUGGCAGCCACAUGGGCGGAGGAAUAUUGUCAAUCCUGCCCGCAUGGGAGGGGUAGAAGGCGAGAAAAAGUGAGUGGGGGAAAAUAAUGUGAUAGCUCUGCGAGAGUUGACAUACAGUACUAUGCAUUGCACAUGGAUGUAAAAUAUCUGCAAUGGUGGAGUGGGGCGGGGGAGGUUCUGAGUGUUAGGGGUGAGAGCGGGUGACCUGGCUGGAGAGAGAGCGAGUGUGUGUGCGUGUGCGCGCGUGUGCGCGCGCGUGUGUGUUAAAAAUAAAAAAAAUCCCCUUUUAUAGCAUCAGACCUUUGUCUCAUCACUAGUUUGAGAUUCAAUUAUCAAAGAAUUUCCAACCAUGCAGAUGAUGGCUCAAUUAGAUAUAUUUUUGUUUGAAAUAUUCCACUUCCUAGGACUUAAGAGUUAACAUAUAGAGAGCUAUGUGCAGACAUAGGCUUAUGAAAAAUGAUGAAUAAAGAAUCAAGGAGAAAUGUCACUCAAUUUACUUCCACGAAAACUUCCCCACAAAACCUAACGAAUAUUUACAACUUUGAUUUUCAUUUUUUCAGAUUACACAAUUGAAAAUUGACCAUAAUCCUUUUGCCAAAGGAUUCCGUGACACUGGCAAUGGAAGACGAGAGAAAAGGUAAGGAGUAGAAGUAACUAUUCCCUUAGUGUGCUACAAAAAUUUUACGACUCCUAUAGUCAGAUUUUAUAGACACGAAGUCUGACAGUGAUGUUAGUGAAUUCCAAAAAGUCCUUGCAAUUGCAAAGGGAAAUCAUUUUAUGACAAUCCCUUCAACCUAAAUUUAUACUAUGUCUUUUACGUUUUAUUUAUGAGUUGGAAAAGGUAAUAGACAUAGCUUAUUAUGUUGUAUUUACAUUGUUAUGGUUCUCAGAGUGCAGAGAUCGCAAGAGCAAAAUGCAAUUUCGAAACUCCUCCAGAAAUAGUGUAGCGUUAUUGAUAGUUAGCUCUUCAGAAACUUUUCUUGAACUAUGUUGACAACAGUAAUCAAGAACAAUGUUUGGUAUGUGAAUUAUUAGUUGUCUGCAGUGGGUUUGAAUAGAUAGAUUUCUUCGAACAGACAUAUAUCUUGAUUGAUAAAAUGCAUCUUCAUAAUCUGCCCUCAAAAUUAAUUGCAGGCCUGUGAAUUUGCAUAUUAGCCGUCUACGCAUAUAUGGUAGCCUACAUAAAUUAUUGGCUAGUUUUUGACACAGGAAUAGUAGUGAUGACUAAUAACCUGUGUGCCUAAUGUAGGAAACAGCUGGCCCUGCAGUCAAUUCGCUCAUACGAGGAGCAUCAGAAAAAAGAGAACGGGACGUCCGACGACUCCUCUGGCGAGCAGGCCUCAUUCAAGUGUUUCGGCCAGGCCUCGUCUCCCGCGGUGUCUACCGUGGGGCCUCCCAACCUGAAAGGUAAUUGAGCCCAGAGCCUCUGCUUGGAUUAAGACUUAGAGCUACUUUCUGCAUCUCACAGCUCACAGACCCACAUAGCAUAGUAGCCUAUGCUUGUAAAAAAGUGGGCAGAGAAAUAUUUUCCAAUAAGUAGGCUACAUUUUGGAUUUAGUUUGAAUUCAGAUGAAUGUCUUUCGAUAUCAGUAGGCCUAUUGUGUUGAAUAAUUGCACUACAAAUUAUUGAACGUUAUCUAGCACCAACAAUAACCUACAAACUAUAUAACGUUUAUGUAGGCUAAUUCUUGUAAUUCACAUUCACAGGAUGGAUCUCAUGUUCAUGCUAAGCAUUUAGCAAUCAAUUGAGUAAUAUAUCUGCCAAAAUUAUAUAGCCUACUGGAUAAAGAAUAAAAUAAAAUAUUUUUAAAAACUCUCGAGAUGUAGGCCUAGGCAUAGUCACAAAUGUAUGUAUGCCUGUUAUCUGAACGACACACCAUCACCGCGGUUAAAACGAGGGACAUUUGGAGAACGUGAUCAGUAAGCUGAAGGUUUAUCAAAAAAUUAAAUGAGUAGCCUCUGGAUUUCAAUGUAGCCCAAUACAUUAUGGAAUAAGUAUUAGUCCCCAUAAUAUUAGGCCUACUUACCACGAUUAGCAAGAAAGUGUAGGCAGAACGCGCAUUAGGCUAACGUCCUCCAAAAGAGCAUGGAUUAAAAACUAGGCCUAUUUGUUAAUGUGAGAUAUAGGCUAAUUAAGACCUAUACUGAUUAUAUAUCUAGUUGUCAAUUAAUAUUUCCACAUCGUAGGCCUAUGCCAUCGAAAGUCAUGAAAAAUGUAAUCACCGUAUGAGGUCCAUCCCUCAUCACGUAGCCUAUAGCCUAGCCUAUGAUAAUUUAAUAGGUCUAUCUGAAGAAUAAAACUCAAAACGAAAUUAAUACUGAUUAACUCAAUUAAUGAAUAAUCAUUCCUCAUUUAUCACUAACUUCUGACUCAUUCCUGAUAGAUUUUUGCGAGAGUGAUGAAGACAGCGACGAUGAGAGCAAAGAUGGCAACCUAAAGGAUGGGCCGGACUCCAGUAAGAUCUCAACCACCACGGAGGAUGGGAAGGAUCAUGAGGCGAGCCCGACUAAAGGCCAUCAAUUCGGUGUCAAUGAUUCUAUCCGCCGGUCUCGGGAAAGCGCCAGGCCUGAGAAAAGCCAGGCGGACUCACGACAGAGCCCAAUCACGGUUAUCUCCAGCACCACUCGGUCCGGAGAAGACCGCAAGAGUCCAAGUGGGGACCUGCCCAAAGUGGACGAGUGCAGGUCUAUAAGCAAGGAGAGCUACAUGCCUUUGACUGUUCAAACUGACAGCAGUCCACACUUAAGCCAGAGUCACAUGCAUCAUUUUGGAUUUCCACCGGGUUUGGCGGGACAGCAGUUUUUCAAUCACUUAGGCGGCGCGCAUCCCUUUCUUUUGCACCCCAGUCAGUUCAACAUGGGAGGCGCGUUCUCGAAUAUGGCCGCGGGCAUGGGCCCCUUACUGGCAGCGGUGUCCUCCGGAGGGGUUAGCACCAUGGACACGGCCAGUAUUGCGUCACCCUCGCAAAGCCUGACGGGAGCUCAUGGACUGCCUUUUCAUCUGCAGCAACAUGUCUUGGCAUCACAGGUAAAACCUGUUUUAUUACCACCAUCAGUACAGUAAUGCCUGUGUGCUCGCGUUUUUCGUUACAUUUUGACUAAUAUAGCCUACUGGACUAUAUAUGUCAGCACAGGUGUUCUCGUCUCCAUUAGUUUAUGUGUAAAUGUCAACAUGGUGUAAGAAAAAAAUAGUGUAGGCUAAUUUCCAUUUCGUUUUAAUAGGUUUUUCCUUAUGGCGUUAAACGGCAAUACAGGGGCAUAUGUUGGGAUUUAGGCAGAGACCACCUAAGCGUUGCAACAAUAGUUUUAGGCUAUAGUGUUGAUAUUAACUCAUGAAUUAAGUCUGUGUUUUAGAGGAACAUGGCGAAUGUUUUAAAUGCUUCACUGGUUCGGGGAAACAACUUAUCUGAAAUACAUAACAGAUUUGCUGUUUUACUAUCUAGGCCUACUUUCAAAAAACGUGUUGCAGAAAUGAUUCCUUCUAAAUUGCUAUUUUCUGUACUUAAUGAACAGCAUCAUAGGCCAAUAGGCUAUAAAUAAUUUGUAUUUGCAUUAACAAUUCAUGAACUAUUUGCAAAGCUGCAUAAAACACGAUAUCACAUGGUGGUGGGUCUAGAUAUCGCCUAACACUAGAAAAACGAAAUGUUUUGUCAAUUUGAUUCUCGGAAGGUUUUCAUCGUUUUAACGUGUGCAUAUAACUUUAUAUUGUGCUUGUUUUAAGAAUAAAUUCUAGACAUGUAUUGGUAAUAGGCUUCGGCCCUACACCACACUGUCAUUAUGAGGCCUAAACCAUUACACUCAAGGCCACAGAAAAGCAUAAUCAUGUAAAUCGCUUUAUGAGAAAGGGGAAAGUAGCCUACAGUACAUAACAUUUCCCAUGAUCGCUCACGUGUCUGUAUUCAUUAUUCACACUCACUCGCUACAUGACCUGCAUUCAAGAUAUACAGAGACAGGGGUCAAGUACAUUGCGACAAAUUAAAGUGUAGCCUAUUUUUCCUGUUUUGCUGUGUUUUUAUGGUGCGUAAAAGCUAGCGUCUGUUGAAUUAUAUUAUAUAGGCUAUAGUUAUACUUAUAUCCUUCCCCUCCUCUCUCCACAGGGUCUGGCCAUGUCUCCGUUUGGGAGCCUGUUCCCUUACCCUUACACGUACAUGGCAGCAGCCGCGGCAGCCUCUUCCGCAGCCUCCUCCUCUGUCCACCGACACCCUUUCCUGAACGCAGUGCGCCCCCGCCUCAGGUACAGCCCUUACUCCAUCCCUAUGAGCGUGCCGGAUAGCACUCUGCUCACCACCGCCAUCCCCUCCAUGGCAAGCAGCGCCACCGAGCUGAAAGGGGAUGGCAUGGCCAUGAGCCCCGUCUCGGCCACCCAGGACUCCACCUUGGAGGUCACCAGCCGGUCGUCCACCAUAUCGUCCGGCUCGGUCUCCCUGUCCCCAAAAACUUGCUCUGAGAAAGAUUCCACUAACGAGUUGCAGAGCAUUCAGCGCUUGGUCAGCGGACUCGAUCCAAAACAGGACAGACCACGAAGCGUGUCCCCAUAGAUUCUAAUGUUGUUGUUUUUGUUGUUGUUGUGAUGAUAAUGAUGAUAAGUACCACGAGGACGAGUAUGACGACACCCUUCUAGCGAAUGCGGGUUUAGAAAACGGACCUAUUGAACAGUUUAGAUUUUGAAAUGCACUUUGGUUAUAUAGCCUACACAUCUAAUGUAUGCUAUAUUUCUCUUUUGUUAAAUUAAACAACACUUUUGAAUUUGUCCUGUUAUUUGAAUACCAUACAAGUAUUGAAACUGAAAGGUUGGCAUGGAUGAUACUCACAGAUCUAAUGAUAAGUUGCUGCUGUGUCCUAUAAGUUUAUUUUAUGUCAGGUUGCUGAGGUAACGAAAUUUGUUUGAUUUAAUAUGCACUCUGAAUUGGUUAUAAUUAUUUGAAUUCAGUUCCCUUUAUAUUAUAGACUGUUGUGUUUGAUGUUUUAUUGCAUAACUAUUUGAAGUCUAUCAUUAUGCUCAUAGGGUAGGUGACACUUGCAUGCCCUACAAAAAGAUACGUCUCUUUUGUUAUGGUUUAUUUUCACCGAAUUGAAAUAUGACGAAUAAGGAUAAAACAUGAUUAAGGCUGAUCUUAAACCAAUCUGGAGAAAAAAAAUAUUCCACUCCCUCCCUUUUUGCUAAGGAUUCAAUCAAUUGGUCGUCGCUUAUUGAUUUUACGAACGAAUUUUUCUGUAUGUCAAUUUAUAAACACAGGAUUAUGGAAAUCCAUAUGCUGGCACUUGUUUGAAGUAGGCCAAAACAGAACCGAGGUUAUAAACUUCAUGUGCGAGUGGCUGAGACUGUCCUAAAAUCGCAUGCCGAAUACAGCAUAAGUAUCCAACUGGCAAAGGGAAUCUGAAAUAACAUUGAAAAGGAAAUAUUGAUUAUUAAUGUAAAUAAUGAUAUAUACAAAUAUUUAUGUAAUUAUUUCAUAUUGAUAUUGCGUGUAAAUAGAACGGAGUAGUUUGUUUUUAGGGAUCUGUCCUUAAUUUAUUGUCGAUAUACCUGUGUAAAGAUAGUUUGUGGGCUAUUAUCCUUGUUUUUCCAUCUGCCUUUUAUAUCCCCCUGAAUAUGGAUUUACCUGUACCCCAAAUAUCCACAGAGCUAGUUAUUUUAGCGGACACACUCAUGUGCCAUUGUACCUUUACCUGUUGUCUCGGUGUGUUAAGUGCUACUGUUCAGACGAAUGAAAAGAAAGCACACUGCACCAACGGCUUUAAAAAUUAUGAAUCAUUUUCUCUCAAAAGAAAACAAACAUGUGUGUCAAAAUAGACGAAAUUUCUGUUUAAAACAUUGCAGCCUGAUAGUAAAAGUGCAGCAUCUUAUUGAAAUAGAAAGGUUUCUUUUGUGUUUCUAAAGUUGUCAUUGGGUUAUGUUGUAUUCGAUUUUUGUGUAGUUUACAACAUCAACAAUGUGUUCUUGAAAGUUUCAAUAAAAUAUUGAAAUGCAGUCUCCAUA